AUGUUACCCAGCCAGGCCGGGGCCGGGAACGGCGCUGCCGCCCUGCCCCGGAGCUCGGUCAUGGGCAUGGCGCGGACGUCCUCCGGCCGGCCAGGUGCUGGGCUGCCCCGCGGAGUGAACGGAGGAAGUGGCGGGGGAGGUGACGCUGUUGCUGGAGGAGUCCGGGGCCCCGACAAUGGGACGGGCCCGCCUAGUAUGCAGGGGACGGUCAGGGGUAGCUUUGAGCGGGAUUGGGACUUAGGGGCAGCGGCGGCAGCGUCCAACAGUAGCGAAGGCAAUUCCGACUUGGCCGAAGACGAGGAGCUGGUGGGCUAUCGGCGCGGCAUGAAGCGGACUUUGGGUGACAUGGAGCUGGGGGUGGUGGUGGGGCCGGAGGCGGCUGCUGCUGCUGCAGCGGCGGGGAGCUACGGCGGGGUGAGCGGGCCUGUGAGCGGCGCCAAACCAGGCAAGAAGACCCGCGGCCGCGUCAAGAUCAAGAUGGAAUUUAUCGACAACAAGCUGCGGCGCUACACCACGUUCAGCAAGAGGAAGACGGGCAUCAUGAAGAAGGCCUAUGAACUUUCCACCCUAACGGGCACUCAAGUAUUGCUGCUUGUUGCCAGCGAGACGGGCCACGUCUACACGUUUGCCCCUCGGAAGCUGCAACCCAUGAUCACCAGUGAGACAGGAAAAGGGCUGAUCCAGACGUGCUUGAACUCUCCUGACUCUCCUCCUCGGUCAGACCCAACCACUGAUCAGCGCAUGAGCGCUACAGGCUUUGAGGAGACGGACCUCACUUAUCAGGUGUCGGAGUCAGAUAGCAGCGGAGAAACAAAGACUCUAGUGUGGAGAGGACAAGGGCAACUAACUAUACGAAGCAAAGUCUUCUUCUCAUGA